AUGACGGAUAAUCAUCUUGUUGGAUUCGCGGAUCCAAACGCGGUCAGUGAUCAUGACGAGGAGAAUGAAAUUGCUAAUAUCAAAAGGUCAGUUUCCAAGAAAUCUGGAGGAUUUCAAUCCAUGGCUCUCAGUUUUCCAGUAUUAAAAGGAAUUCUCAAACGGGGCUACAAGAUACCCACACCUAUACAAAGGAAAACCAUACCGUUGGCUCUCGAAGGAAGAGAUGUAGUGGCAAUGGCCCGAACGGGCAGUGGGAAAACUGCUUGCUUCUUAAUUCCUCUGUUUGAGAAACUCAAGGCGAGGCAAGCGAAGACCGGCGCGCGUGCCUUGAUAUUAUCGCCCACGCGCGAACUGGCACUGCAGACUUUGAAAUUCAUAAAGGAACUGGGAAGAUUUGCGGGAUUAAAAGCAGCAGUGAUACUGGGAGGCGAUAGCAUGGAAAAUCAGUUUAGUGUGAUUCAUGGAAAUCCUGAUGUUAUUGUGGCUACCCCUGGUAGAUUUUUGCACAUAUGCGUGGAAAUGGACCUGGAAUUGAAGAAUGUCGAAUACGUUGUUUUUGACGAAGCUGAUCGAUUGUUUGAGAUGGGCUUCGGCGAACAAAUACAAGAAAUUGUUAACAGAUUACCAGAGUCGCGUCAAACGCUGUUAUUCUCGGCUACUUUGCCUAAGAUCUUGGUAGAUUUCGCAAAGGCCGGCCUGAGCGAUCCGGUGCUGGUUCGUUUGGACGUUGACAGCAAAUUGCCUGAGGGAUUAACUCUGUCAUUUAUCACGUGCCGUCCCGAAGAGAAACUGGCCGUGCUUCUGUGUUUGUUAAAGAAAAUUAUUAAACCCGACUCGCAAAUAAUUAUAUUUGCUGAGACUAUGCAUCACGUGGAGUAUCUUCAUCAGAUACUGGAUAAAGCAAGCAUCUCCAAUACCUUCAUCUACUCGAACCUCGAUCCUUCCGCGCGUAAGAUAAACGCGGCUAAAUUUCAAACCGGCAAAGUCAGAGUGCUCAUAGUGACUGACGUAGCGGCGAGAGGGAUAGAUAUUCCACACCUGGAUUGCGUGAUCAACUUUAACUUUCCCGCGAAAUCUAAGCUCUUCGUACACAGAGUAGGCCGAUGCGCCCGAGCGGGACGUACCGGAACGGCGUACAACAUUGUGAGCGCGGACGAAUAUCCUUAUCUUCUAGAUUUACACCUCUUCCUCGGCCGGCCUUUAACGAUAGUGCCACCUGCGGGAUCUGCCACUGGAGAUGUGGAGUCUGCCGUGGGAAAAUUGCCGCAGACCAUGGUAGAGGAAGAACUGGCCGAGUUGAUAAAUUGGCACAACAAUUCCACGGAUCUUACAAAUAUGCAAAAAGUGUGCAACAACGCUUAUCAACAGUAUAUCAGAUCGCGGCCGGGUGCUUCGACGGAAAGCGUUAAAAGGAUCAAACAACUUCGCAUAAAUGAAGCUGGAAUUCUGCCUCAGUACUCUGACGUUUCUCCUACAGUAGCGGAUAUGAUAUCAAGGAUGAAGAAUUACAGGCCGCAGGGAACAAUAUUCGAGAUUGGCACGAAAACGAAUUCAGUCGACUAUCGGGUGAUGAAGGCGAAGCGAGUGUUUCACAAAGAGAACAUCCUUAAUUUCCACAAGAAGGUGGAGGAACGUAAAACUGAUGAGAUCAACGCAGAACUGCCUGAAAAGGUUAAUCUGCCGUCCAGCAACGCGGAAGAAAUUGAAGCCGCGUUCAGCACAGUGGUGGUUCCGAAGAAAAGGAGCAGCGACGACUUGUAUAAAAUUUCGAAGAAGAAAAAGAAACGCCGAACGAACCGUGACGAUGAAUUCUACAUACCUUACGCCGCACCGGACAAACACACGGAAGAUGGUUUAGCGGUCAACUCGUUCGUCACGGAAGCUGGCAAGGCGCAGAUGGAUCUGACGGCGGACAACGACGAGAGUCGACACCUUCAGAUGCAACUGAAAAAGUGGGAUCGGAAGAAGAAGAAAAUGGUUACUGUCGAGAACGCGAAAGCGAAGAAGAUACGUACUGAAUCAGGUGUCUGGAUACCUGCUACGUACAAGACGAAUCGUUACAACACGUGGAAAGAGAAGAGUAAGAUCAACGAGAUGAACGAAGACGACAGCGAGGAGGAGGAGUCUUCACAGAUGCCGAAACUGCGCACCGCAGCGAACACACAUUGGGCGCGGCAUAAUCAGAAACUUAUGGACAAAGUUAAAGUAAGGAGCGAGCUAAAGAGGCCCGAGCAGAUCCUGAAAGCGCGCAAGCUGCUUGAGAGAAGGCGCCGAAGAAGUGAUAGGAAAGGUAAAGGGCAGCAAAACAGUAAGAAACGAAAGCAUUAAGAUACUUGAGAAAUGUUGGGGAUAUAUUGUUACUUUAAUAAAGGCAAGAAUUAUUGUAAUUUAUAAAA